CAGAGACGUCUCGUGUGGGCGGAGGGUCCAGAUAGAUAUCUUCUUUUCCUAUGACAAUCCUCUAAUGCUAUUACAAAUGACUUUCUUCAAAACUCUAAUAAACCCUCUUUAAUUCACCCUCUACUUCCCUUUCUAUCUGCUUCACGUCUUUUGUUGUUUCGCUGGCGAGGAUCCGACGAUCACAUCACUCUCCCAUUUUCUCCUCCGUACAGAUACCCACCCUCCCACCAUAUCCUCGCCACUUCAACAUACUACCAACACUUCAAAAUGAGCGCCAUACUUUCGGCUGAUGAUCUUAACGACUUUAUAUCACCCGGUGUCGCCUGCAUAAAACCCAUAGAGACAUUGGCGGUACAGAAACCGGAAGAAACUAUCAAUGAGUACGAAGUAACGACAGAAGAUAAGGUUGCGGCCGCACAACCACCGCCCCCCGCACAGAUUUCCCUCACAGAUUGCCUCGCGUGCUCGGGAUGCGUGACGUCGGCUGAAGCGGUGCUGGUGUCUCUUCAAUCGCACACAGAAGUCCUCACAACCCUCGAUUCACACACGCCGUUACGGGCACCCUGGCUUGCGCAGAACGGAAAAGAUGUAGCGACGAAGCCCGCAUGCAAUGGAGUGUGUCACUGUACAAAUGGGAACCAUGCGGAAGGCAAACUAUUUGUGGCGAGCGUUUCCCCGCAGACAAGAGCGAGUCUGGCGGCUGUAAUGUCGGUAUCAGAAGAGGAGGCGGGAAACAUGAUCACACAACUGCUGAGCGGACCCUCUGGCCUGAGAUCUGGAGGCCAACACGGCAGCGAUUUUACCUGGGUCAUCGACACGAAUGUCCUCCGGGAGGCAUGCCUCGUCGCCGCCGCAGACGAGGUUGCGACCGCUCUUUCGCCUUCGACCGCCCACCCCGCCGCAAUACCCGACGCAGACGGCGCAAUUGACACCACCCCUAAGAAGCCCAUCCUCACAUCCGCAUGUCCAGGCUGGAUAUGCUACGCCGAGAAGACACACCCUUACGUCCUCCCGCACCUCUCGCGCCUGAAAUCCCCCCAAGCCCUCACUGGUACGCUCAUCAAAUCCGUGCUGAGCCAGCGCUUCAACAUCGACCCCUCCCAGAUAUGGCACCUUGCCAUCAUGCCCUGCUUCGACAAGAAACUCGAAGCCAGCCGCAGCGAACUCACAUCCGAAGCCUGGCUGCCCGCGAGCCACAGCACCACAACCUCCUCCCCAGUCCGCGACGUAGACUGCGUCAUCACCGCGCGGGAGCUCCUCCACCUCGCCGCCGCCCGUGAAAUCAACUUCUCCUCCCUCCCGAGAACCCCCCUCACCACCUCCCACCGCAUCCCCUUCCCGGAUCCCAAACUCGACGCCUUCCUCUUCCCCCGCACCCGCGCGAGGAACCAAAUCGGUCCCGCCGCCGGCUCCUCAGGCGGCUACCUCUACCACAUUCUGCAAACCUACCAAGCGCGGCACCCGGGCUCCACGAUCUCCGUGUCGCGCGGCCGCAACGCCGACGUCGUCGAGUACGCACUCACCCAGGGCCCCGAAACCAUCGUCCGCAUGGCCCGCUUCUACGGGUUCCGCAACAUCCAGAACCUCGUGCGGCGGCUCAAGCCCGCGCGGGCGAGCAAGAUGCCGGGCGCGCGGACGGGCGCCGUGCGUAGGCCCAAUGGCGCAGCUGGUGGCGCUGGGGGUGGAGAGGGCGUGAAGGACUAUGCGUACGUGGAGGUUAUGGCGUGUCCUGGCGGGUGCACGAACGGCGGCGGGCAGGUCAAGGUGACGGAGGUGGAGGAGGUGCGGGCGAUGGAGGGUGUGCAGGUUGCGAAUGGAGAGGUACUACCUUCGAAACCCGGGCCCCAGGAGCAGAAGGAGUGGUUGGCGAGGGUCGACGAGGCAUAUUUCUCGGGUUCGGAGGCGGAAGCCGGUGUCGAUGGCGAUGGCGACAGGGAAAUGCAGGAUGCGGAUGGUCCUAGUCCUGUGCAGCAGGUCGAGCGAGACGACGACGUCGUGGGUGGCAUCUCGAGAUCGCGGAUCCACGAUAUGUUGGCCCAUUGGUCGCACAUCACAGGCGUGGACCAGCAGGCUCUGAUCUACACAUCCUACCGCAAGGUCGAGAGCGACGUCGGCAAGAAGAAACAGAGCGACGUCGAGAGGGUCGCUGGGCUGGCGAGCACCAUCGGUGGAGGGUGGUAGUUCCGUCUAUGCCAAUCAGACAGUCAAUCGAUCAAUCAUGAGAAAUCAAUAGAGAAAAGGAAGGAGCAUCAUUGGUAAAAACGAAUUCGAUAAGUACAAAGCAGCAUUUGCAUUGGGUUCAGGCGUCAAACCGAACAGGGUCUUCGGAGUCUUCUGGUAUGGGGCAGGGCACUUUAUAACGACAUAUCACGCAUGGUAGAAGCAUGUAUAUAUACAUACAUACCUAGGUACCUACUACAUAGACAAUAUCCAUACAACUAAAAUG